AUGCAGCCUAAGCAGCUUCUCGUCCUCGCCGCCGCCGCCGCCAUGGCAUCGGCCGAGUUGACUACCGUACGACCAUGCCUUCCACGAUGCUCUUAACUGCGCUUACAGACUUCAACAGCUCACGGAGAACGGCACGCCCGUCGCUACAUAUCCACAAGGCGGUCCCACUGCCGGCCCUGGCGAGACACUGACCACCCUCACGGUCAUGGGCAGCCCGGUGGUAAGUAGACUGAUGAAUGGAAAGUAUCCCUCUAUGUUUGAGACGUUUGCUCAUCUCCAUCUAGGCAACCUACCCCAUUGGCAAGGAGAAUGAGAAGAGACAGACUGCCCCUGCUGGAGAGACUUUGACUACCCUCACUGUCUCUGGCAAGCCAGUGGUUAGUAAGCCUUGGAAAUCACACGUGAGACGCCUACUUACCUUGUAUGAUAGGCUACCUACCCAGUGGGCCAGAACACUGCUCCUCCUGGCGAGAUGCUCACCACUGUAAGAUAAUAUAACACAAAGCUACCCUAUGAUGUCCAAAACGAUACUAAUGAUGUCCAGCUCACCGUCGGAGGCUCUGCAGUAGCCACAUACCCAAUCGGAGGUACAGCUCCCGCCUCCGCCUCCUCAUCUUCUGCUUCUUCCAGCAGUUCUUCUUCUCGUUCCGCUUCUUCCUCCUCGGCUAACGCCGCCUCCGCUACAGGUACCUCUAGCGCGAGCGGCGCGGCCGCUUCCUCCUCCUCCUCCAGCAAGCCUGCCAGCCAGUCCACCAACUUCGCCGCUCCUACUGCUGCUCCAAUUGCCAUUGGAGGUCUCCUCGGCGCUGGUACGAUCGCUGUCGCCAUGCUCUAA